UAUAAAACUCAUUGUUGUGGUCACGAUGGGCCCUGCGGCGGUGUUUUGGACUCUGGUGCUUGGUCUCUGUGCUGCGGAGGCAGGGACGAUGGGUGACCAGUGCGACUGGACUGGCAGUGGGUUGACGUCGAGCUCCGAGCGUGGCGUGACGCCGGUGUACUUGCGGUGCCGCGAGGGUGGCGUUGCCUGGCGUUACCCGCGCGGCGCGCUGCGUCUGCUCUUCAAGCCACCGCUACCCGCAGACGUGCAGGACUUUCGCGUCUGCAUCAGAGUCAUACGCAGGCCCGAUCCACCGGAUUUGUUCCAUACUUUGCAGAUUAAUGAUACUGAAGUUAUGGAGCGCUUUCCAGCACGAAUUUUUGUGGAAGGCACGCACAGACUUAUACCGCUUUACGCGCCUGACGAUGACGACGAGCGGGAGCUUCGCUGCUUCCGUAGCCGACGCGGUAGGGCCGCGCUUUACGUCGAGGCUGAACCGGAGAAUGGACUUCACAGACGUGUGGCAACAUUCAAAUACGAAGCUAGACCUUUAGUGAGAAGGCACUAUGACCCCACGACAGCGGACUGCAGGCCCUGUUCCGAGGCGGAGAUGGAGCUAGCGUUCUGCACCAGCGACCUCGUAUCCCGAGGGUUGUUCGUCGGUGCUGAGCAGCGAGCAGACUUGGACAGCACGCAGCUGACUCUGAAGCUGACUAAGCUUAUACGCGCCACUGCAGCCAGUGAGCCUCGUGACGAGCUCGACGACUCCGAUGGCGACGAGUACUUUAGAUACGAAGUAGCCAACGAGAAUACAGUAGAACGACCUACUCACCGCAGUCACGGCAAGCGGCGGCGGAAAACUCGCAGUCUACACGCUCACAUACACGUGUCUUCAGUGUGCGAAGCCGCAGCCGGAGCUGGCGAGUUCCUCGUCAUGGCUCGAAGGAGGUUAGGGAGAUACUCCUUAGUCUGUUCCCCCAGGAUCGAAGACUGGGUACAGUUAGUUGAAAAGAGGAAUAAGGACGGUACUGCACACUGCAAGCUUCGGCAUUAGUGAUCCACAUAACUGUUGCGGAUCUAAGUGUGAAGUUUUGUGAGCUUGAUUCAUAAAGAAUAUUAGCCAUUUAAUUAUACAAUGGACUUUGGUAUUGUUUGGUCUGGUUGACAUUUGGUUUAUGCAGUGUAAAUUUAAAAGGGACAUAUCAAACAGAACGUCAAUAUCGAACGUUAAGAAUGAAGCGAAGGUGGCAAUUAUUCAACAAAAUACUUGUACAGUGUUACGUUAGAUAUUAAUUUUGUAAAAAUAUUAUUUGUGAUCGUAAGCGGGUAAUUUUCAGGCUAGUUU